AUGUUGCAGGCCAUUGCACAACCCAAACUUUUUGUUUCUUCUGAUGAUGUAAAACCCUGUGGAAGAACAUGCUUUAAAGAGGGCCCACCCCUGCUCCGGCCCCGCCCAUCGCUCCGUGGCCGCGAAGCGCUAGCGCUGCGGCGUUUUGUCCCGCGCGGGGCCCCUUCCUCGGGGGCGGGCUGCGGCGGCCUCCAUGGCGGGGCCGACCGGGCGCCGGGCGCUGCACCCCCUGCAGCUGCGGAGGGUCUGUGCGAGGCCGGGCAGCCCAGGGGGACGACUUGGUGCAGCUGCGGAAGAUUCAGUACCUCAAGACAAACUCUUAUGUGGAUUCCAGAUUCUUUUUUUUCCAGUUUGCUGAGCGGAAGAAUCUCAACACUUCGAGAUGAAACUGCUGCUAUAUUUAUUGACAGAGACCCAGCAGCAUUUGCUCCCAUUUUAAAUUUCCUUCGGACAAAAGAACUGGACUUAAGGGGCGUGAGCAUCAGCGUUCUCAGACACGAAGCGGAGUUCUAUGGGAUCACCCCACUAGUGCGCAGACUUCUGCUGUGUGAGGAACUGGAGCGCUCAUCCUGCGGCAGCGUCCUCUUCCACGGCUACCUACCCCCACCAGGCAUUCCUAGUCGUCAGAUAAACAGCACAGCUAGAUCCUUGGCUGAUGGUAGGAAAGGGCUGAAUCCUACGGACAGUGACAUCCUGGCCAGUGGGGCACAGCCUGUUCUCUCUGGACCAGAAGAGACUGUUAGGCUUGGAUCUCCUGUGGAUCCCAGGAAGGUGCUGAUAGUGGCGGGUCACCACAACUGGAUCGUAGCUGCCUACGCCCAUUUUGCUGUGUGCUACAGAAUCAAAGAGUCUUCAGGGUGGCAGCAGGUGUUCACAAGCCCCUACCUGGACUGGACAAUUGAACGAGUGGCUUUGAAUGCGAAGGUGGUUGGAGGUCCACAUGGAGACAAGGACAAAAUGGUGGCGGUUGCCUCUGAGAGCAGCAUCAUCCUGUGGAGUGUUCAAGACGGGGGAAGUGGCAGUGAAAUUGGAGUGUUCAGCCUUGGUGUUCCUGUAGAUGCCCUCUUCUUUAUUGGGAACCAGUUGGUGGCCACGAGUCACACAGGGAAAGUGGGCGUGUGGAACGCUGUGACUCAGCACUGGCAGGUGCAGGAUGUUGUUCCUAUAACCAGUUAUGACACUGCUGGGUCCUUCCUUCUCCUGGGAUGUAACAACGGAUCGAUAUAUUACAUAGACAUGCAGAAGUUCCCUUUGCGGAUGAAAGACAACGAUCUUCUUGUCACUGAACUCUACCACGACCCGUCCAACGACGCCAUCACUGCUCUGAGUGUUUACCUCACUCCCAAGACAAGUGUCAGUGGGAAUUGGAUUGAGAUUGCCUACGGUACGAGCUCUGGAGCAGUACGGGUGAUUGUGCAACACCCGGAGACCGUCGGGUCAGGGCCACAGCUCUUCCAGACGUUCACUGUCCACAGGAGCCCUGUCACGAAAAUCAUGUUGUCAGAGAAGCAUCUCGUGUCAGUCUGUGCAGACAACAAUCAUGUGCGUACAUGGACAGUGACUCGCUUUCGAGGGAUGAUCUCCACUCAGCCUGGCUCCACUCCUUUAGCAUCCUUCAAGAUCCUGUCCUUGGAGGAGACAGAGAGUCACGGCAGCUACUCAUCUGGCAACGACAUAGGGCCUUUUGGAGAGCGAGAUGAUCAGCAAGUGUUUAUCCAGAAAGUUGUUCCCAUCACCAACAAGCUGUUUGUGAGGCUCUCAUCAACCGGAAGAAGAAUCUGUGAGAUCCAGGCUGUUGACUGCACCACGAUAUCUGCGUUUACCGUCAGAGAGUGUGAGGGCUCCAGCCGGAUGGGCUCGCGGCCACGGCGCUACCUGUUCACAGGACACACCAACGGCAGCAUUCAGAUGUGGGAUCUGACCACGGCCAUGGACAUGGUCAACAAGAGCGAGGACAAGGAUGUAGGUGGUCCAACUGAAGAAGAGCUACUCAAAUUGUUAGACCAGUGUGAUCUGAGCACGUCGCGCUGUGCUACCCCUAACAUCAGCCCCGCCACAUCUGUGGUUCAGCAGAGUCGGCUGCGAGAGUCGAACUCCAGCCUGCAGCUCCAGCACCAUGAGACCAUACAUGAAGCAGCCACUUACGGUGCCACACGGCCGUACCGAGAGAGCCCUUUGUUAGCCAGAGCAAGGAGGACUGAGAGCUUCCACAGCUACCGGGAUUUCCAGGCCAUUAAUUUCAGCAGAAAUGUAGAAAGAGCGGUCCCUGAGAAUGGAGACGUGGGUCCAGUGCAGGCGGAAGUGAGAGGGGUGACAGGGCAGGGCAGCAUCUCUGAGAGGAAGUCCCCCAGCACAGACGCGAAGAGUCUGAGAGAGGCGGAGUGUGCAUCCGAGGCGCGUAGAACUGCUGAAAGUGCUCCAGAGGCCAGGAAGAGGCUGCCGGAAGAGGAAGGCGAGAGCCGAGUGGAGCUCCGGAGGAAAGGCGGGUUUGAAGCAGGGGGCUUCCUCGGAAGGAAGAAGGUGCCCUACCUGGUGUCCUUACCGAGCACUUCUGAUGGAGGAACCGACUCCCCUGGUACUGCGUCCCCAUCUCCUACAAAGACCACCCCAUCGCCUCGGCAUAAGAAAAGCGACUCCUUGGGCCAGGAGUACAGCCUGUGAGCUCACCAAAAUGCAUGACAGUUUGACUACAUUUAGAUGGAAAUUAAAAUUUCCUGGAUUUCAGCACAUUCGUUUUUAUACCGAAAUUUCCCAAGAGAAAAUUUGACCUCAUUUGGUAUCUUCGUUUGAACAGUUUCUUGAAGCAGAUACAGUAGUCCCCUCUUGACACAUGGAAAUGGUUUAGUUCUGCAACACGUGUAACAGGCUGUUGGUAAAGCAGGAGUCCAUUUUAGUGUUGAGCUCUGCUUGUGGUCUGUCACCCUGUCCUACUAGGAUGUGCCCAUGUAGAUGUGUCCUAACAGCUGGUGAGCUAGGGGCCGCAUCCCUAACCCAGUGCUAAGGUUUGUCUUGAAGUCCACCUUGAAGUGAAUCUCAAUCCCCCUGGAACUCAGGCUCCUGACCUUGUUGUGUCUGGUCUGCAGUGUUUACUAGGUAUUUAAUGAGGUGCUAUGUUGUGAAAAAAUAUCCUGUAACUCAGAAACACUAUUGUCGAAUACCAGGCCCCACUGUGCACUACGUCUUUUGGACCAUUUUACUGUGGGUCAUUUCUGAUUCUUAUGGUUGUGGGGGGUCUUAGUGCAGCAUACAUCACCAACAUCUGAUACCCACAGUCUUCCCAGUGGAACUGCUGUGUUUGAAUAGGUGAAGUAAAAAUAAUAAAGGGGACCCUUUGUCUAGAAGGACCCCGUUUGCUGGUGUGCCCUGUGUUAUGAGCUGACUUUUGCUACAUCUCACUGGAUUGGAGAGCUCAGUUUGGAAUUCAGUGUUUAGGCUGUGUCAAAAUGUUGUUUUGACUAUAUUUUGAAUUUGGAGAGCAAAAGAACUUUUUGUACAUUUUUCUUCAUUUGGAAUGAUUUACAAAUUUCCGCAAAUGGGGAAAUGUGAGCUGUAAGCAUUUACGGCGAGUGCUGUGUAUUGUCCCAUCCCAAGACAACCAAAGUGAAGUACAUUCCUUAAAGUUUACUGUCAGUGGUUAAAUAAAAACUGUUUAUCAGUUAAAUCAAAAGAAUGGUUAA